AUGAGUUUACCGGAGGCAACGAAUAAUCCCGAUGUCAACACAUCUCGAGCUGCUAUAGAGGCAGCAAAGGCUCCUUGGCGCAAAUAUCUAUCCGACUCCCAAACCGGCUACUCCGUUCCCUAUGCAGCUUUCUUUGACCUGUUGAACUCGAAAGCGCUUCACAAUCAUAACUAUGUCUCGCGGGAUAAGGUCACGGAAUUGGGAUUACUGCAACUCUUUCUGGACCAAGCCUGGCAUCUUGGGCUCAACAUAUCCGCCUCCAAACGCGAUGCCAUCGCACGAGGAGACACUUCUGGCCAUGUUGCACAUCCAGUCUUCAUCCCAGUCGCACAACUUUUGGGAUCCAUGCUUGCCAACCCCCGGCAUUCACGGACAGAGGUCCGUCCAGAACGGUCUGCCAUUGAAGCAGAACAGGCCCAAGUUGUUUUUGAUUAUCUGCGAGAGCCAAAUUGGGACCAGAAGAGUGGUGGGAGAGCGGACCCCUUGACAUACGUGCAGGUUUACCGACUCCUUGGAGCUUACUGUGCCCUCAAAGCGGAUAAGCUUGGCUCACAAGAGUAUAUGGCUAAUGCGAGUAAUCUUGUUCUCAAGUAUGCAGAACUCCUGGGAAUCGAGGAGGACCGCGCCGAACAAGACCAUCCCACAACAGCUCCCCCAGAAAUUCAAGAAAUCACUCCGCUUGAAGAAGGGCGUUCCGCGCUUGCACACAUGGUUUAUCUCGAGCUGGUGACCCGCAUCCUUAUGAAAUUUGAACAUGCUCCACGCUUUCCCCCUGUUAUGUUGGCAAAGUUCGUCAAGAUGGCAACAAAAUUCCACCAAGAGACCGAAGUGAACUUCUUAAAAGCGAAAAGUGCCCUUUAUCUGGUAGAAAGUCAACAAAUGGCAAAGGAAUGGGACGAUUGGCAGUCAGGUAAAUUCAUGGCGGACGAGUGGACUCAACGUUGUCGCACACUCGCCCAUAAUGUUAACACCCAUCUUCUCUUUGUAAAACGCACACAACACGAACUAGCCCAAUACGGGGCGCCACGCGGCCAGUUGGUAUCAUUUUGUGGGUGCGCCCUCAUCUCUCUUGCGGCCCUGGCGGAACUCUAUGCCGUCUUUGCCCCGUUCCACCCUGCUCCUCGCCAGAAACUUCGUGAAAUUAUUGAUGCCCUCGGGAGAAUUGCCGCCACCUUCAACGAGUAUGACCGGAAGUAUAUAGACUGUACCCUGGAUGUCUGCUACCAGAUCUCGGGGAAGGAGAUUAGAGAGCGACUGCCGACACCUCAGUGGCAGUUCUUCAUGAAGACGGUGCUUUUCCCAACAUACUUAAACAGUCUCGUCAUGUAA